AUGCAGGAUGUUGAGAACAGUACGCCCAUCCAAGAUGAACAUGAACAGAACAAAAACGUUGGCUUUGAAAGUACCUUACCAGUUUGGGAAGACAAAGAUGGAGAUUGUUGCUGCUGUGCCCUGCUAGCAUCCAUUCUAAUUCUGUUUUUCACAUUCACAGAGAGUGAAGAAGUUUAUCAAAGGCAGGUGCUGUCAAUUUCAUGUAUCAUCUUUGGAAUUGUCAUCGUGGGCAUGUUCUGUGCAGCAUUCUACUUCAAAAGCAAGAAACAAGCUAAAUAAAUCAAAGAGCAGCUGAAGGAGUCACAAAAUGGUAAAAAAUACAGUCUUAAAGCAUCCAGCACAAUGGCAAAAUCAGAGAGCUUGGUGAAAAGCCAUGUCCAGCUGCAAAAUUAUUCAAAGGCGGAAAGGCAUCCUGUGACUACGCUGGAGAAAAUGAUGGAGUCAAGUUUUGGCAGCCCCCAGUCAUUCCUUGAGGUGUCUUCUCCCUACAGAGGAAGCCAGUCUGUUAAACACCACAGUCCAGGGCAAAGGAGUGGAAUGCUUCAUAGGAAUGCCUUCAGGAGGACACCCCCCUCACCCAGAAGUAGGCUGGGUGGAAUCGUGGGACCAGCAUAUCAGCAACUCGAAGAAUCAAGGAUCCCAGACCAAGAUACAAUACCUUGCCAAGGGAUAGAGGUCAGGAAGACUAUAUCCCACCUGCCUAUACAGCUGUGGUGUGUUGAAAGACCCCUGGACUUAAAGUAUUCAUCCAAUGGUUUAAAAACCCAACAAAAUGCAUCAAUAAAUAUGCAACUGCCUUCAAGAGAAACCAACCCCUAUUUUAAUAGCUUGGAUCAAAAGGACCUGGUGGGAUAUUCAUCCACAAGGGCCAGUUCUGUGCCCAUCAUCCCUUCAGUGGGUCUAGAAGAAACCUGCAUGCAAAUGUUAGGGAUUUCUGAAGUCAAAAUCAUCAAAUGGAGCAAAAACUCUUAUUCUGCUGACAUCAUCAAUGUGAGUAUUCCAGUCAGUGAUUGUCUUUUACCAGAACAACAAGAAGUGAAAAUAUUGCUAGAGACUGUCCAGGAACAAAUCCGAAUUCUGACUGAUGCCAGAUGGUCAGAAGACUAUGAACUGGCCAGCGUAGAGACCAAGGAUAGUGCGAGUGAAAACACAGCCUUUCUCCCCCUGAGUCCCACGGCCAAAUCAGAACUCGAGGCACAAUUUGUCUUAAAUGAAACACAAAGAGACUCCACAUUGACCAAGUGACUGGAGAUGUAAGAAUCUGUGCAUUCUAUGCUUUGCUCAACAGGAAAGAGAGGAAAUUAAAUACAAAUUAUUUAUAUGCAUUAAUUUAAGAGCAUCUACUUAGAAGAAACCAAAUAGUCUAUCGCCCUCAUAUCAUAGUAUUUUUUAACAAAAUAUUUUUUUAAAGGGAAAGAAAUGUUUCAGGAGGGAUAAAGCUUACCACUAAAGCUUUUGGGUAGAAUUCUGAAUCCAAUUUCAGUUAGUCCUAACAAUGUUCUCUUUGGCUUUUAGAAAAUGUGGACAUUUCAGACCCUCAGUCCACAGUGCCAGUGUCCUCAAGAGAAAAAAAAAAAAACACUGGUAGUUAACCUGGUUUCAAAGAGACAAGCUGUAUCCCGAGGGUGGAUGUGCCCAUGAGCAGGUGGCCCUUGCCUUUUGGCUUGCCAGUUCCAACCCCUAAAUUUCCAUUCACCGAUCACCCUCAUCACAGGUUAUGUCACAUCAAGCCACAUAGUGUUUUGUAUUUGAUUUGCUGAAAAAUGGCACAAAGACUGAAAUGGAAAGGAAGACAGGUGAUGGAGGGAGUAAUUGGAGCAAUCUUAGCUACUCUCAUGUGCCAUCCUCCUCUGAAAUUUGAAAACACUCAGAGGGAGUUACGAAAUUAUUAGAGACAAAAAAAGAAAAAGUCACAAUGUUGUGUCACUGAAAUCAUGCUAAUAGAAAUGUUUUUCUUGGAGAUUGUUUAGAAGCUCUGAAAGAGCAUUUCUGUGUGUGUGCGCGCCUGUGUGCACGUGUGUGAGCGAGCGUGUGAGGUGUGGACUUGCUACCUUCAGCACAUAUGCUGUGUGCACAUGUUCAUCGUGCGUAUGUGUGUGCGUGUGUGUGUGUGUGUGUGUGUGUGUGUGUGUAUUAAGCUUGCUAAAAAUUUGUUCUGAAACAUCAGGGAAUCUAAUAUUCAGAAAAAAUUUCCCUCUUAGAUCUGUUUCACUUGGAAGUUAUUAAUUAAAUAUAAAGUUCAGUUAGUGAGUUCUUAAAUCAAGAUCAUUUGCAUGGUGGGGUCCUAUAACCUCUUGACAAUGUCUAGACCAUUUUCUGAUGUGAAUACUUUUGAAAGGAGCAACUAUUGGCUUAUUGAGAAUAUCAGUAUCACAAAGUGAUUAAUGGAGGAUGUGUGUUUAUUUUGAAUCAUACCUCAAUUAUUUACACAAGCUAGUUGACAGCUACCAUUUUUGUUCUCUUCAUUCUCAUUGCUAUUGAUUUCAUAGCAAGUCUACUAUGUGUGGACCAGGUCAUUAGCUUCAGUGGUUGAUAUGGAAAGAAUAAAUCGCUGAAAUUACAAAGCCCAGACUAUUCAGUUCACAAAAAGCCCCCCAAAGAACAGGAAAUUGUGUGGUAUGUUUAUUUGGAAUAAAGCAAUAUUUUUACCACUGCUAAGGUGAACUGAAACCUCUCCUGAAGAUUUGUCUGUUUUAUUUUCCCUUACUUUCAUGGGGCAUUCAAAGAAAUUAGUGUUCACAUACCCAGUCUUUUUCCAAUUAUUGGUGUUGUUGAGUUGUUAUGUUUACACUGUGUUAAA